CAGGCAAAAAAGUAGCCUGGCAGUAGUAGUCUAAACUUUGCACCUGAAAAUGGACACAACCCUCUAACCAAUCAACACAUCCUUCCACAGAUUAGCAGUUAACUUGACAAUCCUCGUGCCUCUAUAUGAACCUGGGCAAAGUGCAAAAUACUGUCUCCUGAACAGAAAGCUGCUCUGCUGAUGAGCCGGCUGUUCAUUCAGAGGGACACCUGAUGAGGGUACCCUCUCUGAACAUUUAAAUUACAUCUAAUCACCUGCUUUCUAGUUGUUGAAAUGGCCACACUGGAGUUAUACAGCAAGGGGGCAAGUGUGUGGAUUCCUGACCCAGAUGCUGUAUGGGUUUCAGCUCAACUCCUCGAGGACUACAGUCCUGGACACAAACAUCUACUGCUCCAGCUCUCUGAUGGAAACGAGGUUCAUUAUCCAGUGGGCUCCUCCUCUGAUCUGCCGCCGCUGGGGAACCCUGACAUCCUAGAGGGUGAAAAUGACCUAACAACACUCACCUUCCUCCAUGAGCCUGCUGUCCUGCACAACCUCCGGGUUCGAUUCUUGGACUACAGCAGCAUCUACACAUACUGUGGUAUCGUGUUAGUAGCCAUCAAUCCCUAUGACCAGCUCCCCAUAUAUGGAGAGGAGGUGAUAGAUGCAUACUGUGGCCAGGACAUGGCUGACAUGGAACCUCACAUCUUUUCUGUGGCUGAGGAAGCGUACCGCACUAUGAUAAGGGAGGAGAAAAAGCAGUCCAUUAUUAUCAGUGGAGAGUCUGGCUCAGGGAAAACGGUUUCAGCCAAGUUUACCAUGCGAUAUUUUGCAGUGGUUGGAGGAACAGCACAGCAGACCAGGGUGGAAGAGAGGGUUCUGGCUUCCAACCCUAUCAUGGAGUCCAUUGGAAAUGCUAAAACCAUUCGAAAUGACAACAGCAGUCGUUUUGGGAAGUACAUUGAGAUCGGCUUUGGUAGAAAGGGGGACAUCAUUGGGGCAAACAUGAGGACAUAUCUGCUGGAGAAGUCAAGAGUUGUGUUCCAGGCAUCAGCAGAGAGAAACUACCAUAUCUUCUACCAGCUGUGUGCCUCCAGAGAGCUGCUGGAAAUGAGAUCCCUCAGACUGGAUGCACCUGAGCAUUUCCACUACACCAAACAGGGAGGAGAAAUGCAAAUACCCGCUACUGAUGAUUUGUCAGAUCUGGAGCGCACUCGCAGUGCUUUCAGCAUUCUAGGCAUGCAGCCUGACCAACAGAUGGAGCUCUUCAGGAUUCUGUCAGCUAUUCUUCACCUGGGUAAUGUCAACAUCCAAGCCAGUGGGAGAAGUUCUGACCGGAGCUAUAUUGAUGCAGAUGACCACUCUUUGGCUAUCUUCUCCAAGCUGCUUGGAGUUGAGAGACCUCAGAUGGCCCAAUGGCUUUGUCAUCGCAGGCUGGCUGUAAGGGGAGAGAUACUGGUCAAACCCAUGUCUGGUCAGCAAGCUGCAGAAGCCAGAGAUGCACUGGCUAAACACAUAUAUGGACAGCUGUUUACAUGGAUUGUUCACAGACUAAACUCUGCUCUGCACACUCAGAGAGGGCAGGUCAAAUCCUUCAUAGGGGUGCUAGAUAUCUAUGGGUUUGAGACCUUUGACAGGAACAGUUUUGAGCAGUUCUGUAUAAAUUAUGCAAAUGAAAAACUGCAACAGCAAUUCAACAGACAUGUUUUCCACUUGGAGCAGGAGGAGUACAUCCGGGAGGAACUGGCCUGGAACAGGAUCAAGUUCAAUGAUAAUCAGCAGUGCAUCAGUCUCAUAGAGGGACAACUGGGCCUUUUUGAUUUGUUAGAUGAGGAGUGCAGGAUGCCUAAAGGUUCAGAUGAGAGCUGGGUGCACAAACUUUAUGACCAGCACCUGACCAGCAAGCCCCAUCCUCACUUCCAGAAACCUCGCAUGUCCAACAGCGCCUUCAUUGUUCUACACUUCGCUGACAUGGUGCAAUAUGAGUGUCAUGGCUUUUUAGACAAGAAUCGAGAUACAGUCUUCGAGGAGCUCAUUAACAUUCUAAAAGCAAGUCAGUCUGAGCUGGUGGCUGAGUUGUUCCAAGAGCAGGGAAAAGUUUCCUCUGUGACCAAUGGAAGUGUUCGCUCAGGGAAAAGAGCCACCAGAGAACACAAACUGACUGUGGGCUCCCAGUUUCGUCAGUCCUUACAGAUGCUAAUGGACACCCUUAACAGCACCACUCCUCACUAUGUGCGCUGUAUUAAGCCCAAUGACCUCAAAGAGCCUUUUAUGUUUGAUCCCAAGAGAAUAGUCCAGCAGCUGAGAGCCUGUGGCGUCCUGGAGACGAUUCGUAUCAGUGCUGCAGGUUACCCAUCCAGAUGGAUGUAUGAAGAGUUCUUCAGAAGGUACCACGUUCUUUUUCAAGGCCUGAAGAGUCAGGAGCAGGCUCAGGCCUCAUGCAGACAGACCCUGCCUCAGCUCAUCCCAGACCCGGAGCAGUACUGCUUUGGAAAGACUAAAGUAUUUUUCCGGGCUGGUCAGGUGGCCCUUCUGGAGAGGAUGAGAGCUGAGAGGCUGUGUGUGGCUGCUGUGAUCAUCCAGAGCCAGGUCAGAGGAUGGCUGGCAAGAAUCAGAUACACCAGGAUCCUCUGGGCAACUGUCACCAUACAGAGAUACUGCAGAGGAGUGCUGGCCAGACGAUUGGCCCUGACCCUGCGCUACACCAAGGCUGCCUUAGUAAUCCAGAAAACAUUCCGCAUGGUGGUGGUCAGGCAGUUGUUCCUCAUGAUCCGCCAGGCCACCAUCACCAUCCAGGCCUUCAGCAGGGGCAUGCUGGCACGCCGCAGUUACAGACUGUUGGUGGCGGAACGUGCUGCUGUGUUGCUUCAGACAAGAGUGCGUGGGUGGUUGGCGAGGCAGACGUAUAGGCGGAUAUAUGCGGCGGUGGUGUUCAUGCAGUGUUGCGUGCGCCGCAAGGCUGCCAGGAGAGAGCUGCUGAAGCUAAAGACUGAGGCCCGCUCAGUGGAGAGGUACAGAGAGCUCAACAAGGGCAUGGAAGUCAAACUGAUGCAGCUGCAGUUAAGAGCUGACCAGGAGGCCAGAGAAAGUGCUGCUUUGAGAGAAACCCUGAACAUAGAGCGAGCUGCAGCCAGCGCUGAGCUGGAGACUCUGAGGGCAAUGAUACAGAAACUAGAAAGCCAGAAACACGAGAAGCCUCAGCCCUCGCCAGUCAUCAGCGAGAAGAAGGUGGAGCAAAGGAGGAGAGCUGAGGAGAAGGCUGCCCAGGAGAUCCUUCAACUCACACAAGAGUUGCAAGCCCUGCAGAGAGAGAGAGACUGUUUUUACAGAGAGAAAGAGGAUCUGUCUGCUUGCUUGCUUGAACAAGCAAAAACACAAGAAGAGUGUGUGCAUCAGGCUGUGUCUCAGGCCAGUGCAGCUCUGAGAGCAGAGCUGGAUGAUGAGAGGACAAAGUAUCAGGGUCUUCUGAGAGAGUUCACCAGGCUGGAGCAGAGAUACAACAACCUCAGAGAGAUGAAUCUGCUUGCUGAGCACACCAAAGGCCACAGAAGGACAGACUCAGCACAGAGUCUGAGUUUGGAGCCCCUCUCUCCUACAUCUAGCCCACUAUCACCCCCACCUCUCAGCCCACUCUCCAUCUCACCCAUCCCUUCUACUUUCCCUUCCCCGGAGCAGGUCCGCAGGGCCAGUGUUGUCUCCUUAGAGAGGAAGCUCUUGGUGUGGAGCUCUGACACUCCACUGGACCAGUUGAUGGAAAAGAUGGAUGUGGUCAAAGACCCGGCAGUGAAGAUGAGAGGAGAGGACCUGGCACAUGCCUAUGAUGCCGUACGAGUGGCCAACAAGUUUCUGGAGUGUCAGCUGCAGAACCAGCGCAGUCAGUGGGAGGAGGAGCUAGAAGCUUUGAGGUCCCAGCUCAGUCAGGCGAUCUGCGGUUCUUCCCUUGCUGCACAGCGACAGGAGCUGCAGGAGCUACUAGAGGCCAGAGAGCAAGAAUGUGUCAAACUGAGGAGAGAACUAAAGGAGCUCAGAAACACGGUCUCGCUUCGACGAGUCCUGACGCAAGUUCUCCCAUCAGUUUUGACCCCAGAGACCUCCUCCUGUCCAUCCCGAACAAAGCCAGCCACAGUCACUGGUUUAUUAGAAUGUAGGAAAAGAGAUGAAACCAGACUCAUCAAGAACCUGAUCACAGACAUUCACGUUGACAGCGCCCUCUCUCUGUCUCCUGGCCUGUCUGCCAGCGUGCUCUUCCUGUGUGUGCGUCAGGCUGACUGCAGUGGGGACCAGGCUCGCGCUCGUUCACUGUGUAGUGCUGCUGUCACUGCUAUGAAGACAGCUCUGAAGAAGCAUAGCAAUGAUGCAGAUAUGUCAGCUCUGUGGCUGAAAAAUGCCUGUCUGUUGCAUGACCUGUUGGCACAGCAUUCUCCAAAGCGGGCUCUUGACUCAGGGGAACUGGUUCCACUGACGACCGACCUGGGUGAUCUGAUCCGCACCCUGAGUGACCUCUGCAUCCAGGCCUAUCAACAACUCCUCACUAUUAUUGAGACGCGCCUGCACUACAUCAUAGUCCCUGCUUUGUUGGAGUCUGAGACCAUCCCUGGCCUGUCUGACUCUGCUGCGGUAAAGCUGGGGACGUCCAGGAAGCGAGCAGGCUCCGACGCCAGGAAUGUGGGAGGCAAUGCUGUCACUAUGGCAUCAAUGCUAAGGGAGCUUGGAGCCUUUCACUCUGCCCUUUCCCAUCAGGCUCUGCCCCCAACACUGAUGGAACAGGCCUUCCGCCAGCUCACCUACUUCAUCUCUGCCACUGCUCUGAACAGCCUGCUGCUGAGAAAAGACAUGUGCUGCUGGAGUCGCGGCAUGCAAAUACGCUACAAUGUCAGCCUGCUGGAGGACUGGCUACGGAGCCACGGUCUGCAGGCGGGGGGUGCUGUGGCCACACUGGAACCCCUCAUUCAGGCAGUUCAGCUGCUGCAGGCAGGUAAAAAGACGGAAGCUGAUGCACAGGCCCUUGUUCAGACUUGCAGUGCCCUGUCCAGCCAGCAGAUUGUGAAGAUUCUGACCCUCUACACUCCCCACAGUGACACUGAUGAAAGAGUCACACUGAAUUUCAUCCGUACUGUCCAGGGGCUUCUCAAAGGCCGUCCUUAUGCGCUGCCUCCACAGCUCCUAAUGGAUGUGAGGAGAGUGUUUCCAGUCACAUUCCCCUACGUGCCCCCCACCGUCCUGCAUGCUGAGAAGUUAGUCAUCCCAGACUCCCUGAAAAUCAGCUUUUUGCGCAGAGCCUAGGAAACAAAGCCUUUCCUCUUCAGAGCAGAUAUAGUAUGUUAGUGUUUUAUCAAAAUUAGCUCCCAGCCUAUUGAUAUUUCUUUGAAAUUUCAAAUAAUUUCCAGAGUGUGUUGUGAACUUAAUUUCCAGUAGAUUAA